UCUCGCUUUGGCUUUUGUUCACAGUUCACAGCCACUGCGUGGAUUAGAGUCAUCUCCUCCUCAGUCUCUGCAACUCAAUAAGAAUGCUUCUCUCUCUUGUUCACACCACUUUCACUUCGCCUUACCAAUCCAUCACCUUCCCCUUCGACUUCCAAAAUCUCCAUUCCAUCAAUCUUCACCCCACAAACCGUUCCUCUGGUGUUGGAAGCCAAGCAAAGAAAGCCCUCAAAACCCUCCUCUAUUUCCACAAAAGAAGAUCCAACACCUUCAACUCGGCCACCACCGCUCGCGCUUCUCUCAUCGAGGCUCCUAUUUUGUGGGCUGGUAGACUUUGCAUCUUCUAUGCCCUUCUAAAAGCUGGUUUAGCUGGAUCUCAAUCUAACCCUCUUGUCUCUGAUUUGGAGUUAUCCGAUGGUGGUAGUGCUGAUGGGGAAAGCAGCAGUGAUUUGGGGUUUUCUAAGUGGUUGGAGAGUGUAAGAGGAAAGCCAGUGGAUGAAGCAGUUGAUAAAAGGAAACUAGUGAGCAAAUGGCAUCCUACUACAAAAGGUACCCUCCGAAGGAACUAUCGGGUACCGUCUAAAUCCGAAGGACGACGCCUUCUUAAAGCCAUUGCAUCCCUCCUUUCCGAUGAUGAUCACUUCAUUGAUGCCACUUCUCACAAGGGUUGUCAAAUAAGGAGGGAAAGUGCUCAUGGGGAGAGUGUUUGCUGCAACAAUGUGAGAGCUCUGUUUGAUGAGCUUCCAACCCCACAUCUUAUUGUGGAAAUAACUCCAUUUCCUGCUGGGCCACUCAAUGAAAAUGAUUACACUAAGGCUGAGAAACUAGAGAGAGUGCUUAGAUCUGGGCCCUCUGUUUGAGAUAUUUCUUACUCUCUUUGUAUUUUGUAUCUCAACUUCCCUGUACAGUGUUGAAAGUUCAAACUAAUUGAUAUCGAAUCUCGACAGAGAUGUCUCGGUGUGGAACAUUUCAUAGAGAUUAUAUAAUGGGAUUGCCUUUUGACUAAA